CCUCCUCACCACCCGGCACGGCUGCAGCGUCAUGGCAGGGCACGGCGCCAGCCUGCUCCUGCUCCUGGGUCUCAUGCCAGGUCUCCUCCUGGCCGUCAGGAUCAACAGCAAGGGCCGGGAGGUUCUGUACCUGGCCAAGGGGGACUCGGUGAAGCUGGGCUGCCCUUAUGUCCUGGAGCCCGAAGACAACGGUCCCCAGGGCGUGGGCAUCGAGUGGAUCCAGAUCACGCCCGAGAGGACCGGCCCAGAGAACGUGUUCCUGUCCUACCAAGACCACCACAUCAACUACGGCAGCGGCUCGGGGCUGCAGGACAGAGUCGCCUUCGUGCAGAACGACCCCAGCCAGUACGAUGCCUCCAUCCGCCUGGCAGACCUGCAGGUGUCCGACACCGGCACCUACCAGUGCCGCGUCAAGAAGAACACGGUGGCCGUGCACGAGGUCAUCGUCACUGUGGAAGGUGAGCCCCUCGCCCCCCGGCCCCGGCCCCCGCCGUGCCCCCGGUUGGCACGGCUAGCAACCGGUGGGGUCGACACUCUCUCUCCUCUCCCCGCAGAGAAACCUGCGACCCCACAGUGCUGGGUGGAAGGGGACUCGGUGAGGGGGACCAGCAUCGUCCUGCGGUGCUUCAGCCGCGGGGGAGCCGCCCCACUCGCGUACCAGUGGGGGAAACUGGCCAGCGGCUACGGCGGCGGGCAGCUGCCCUCUGGCACUGUCCAAGGACGUGCUCCGGGUGACCUGGUGAUCCGCAGCCUGUCGGAUGCGCACGCUGGCAUCUACCAGUGCCGUGUCACCAACCGUGUGGGCUACUCCACGUGCCAGGUCAACCUCAACCCCACUCAAAGAGUAGGAGGAGGAGGCAAUCAAGCGAGCGUCGUGGCGGGCUCCGUCCUGGGCUCCGUCCUGCUCCUCGCCCUGCUCGGUGCCCUCGUCGGCAUAGUCAUCAACCGCUUCCGCAGGAAGGAGUGCCAGCCGUCCUGCAGCGACUGCAGGAGCAGCCCUGGCGGCACCAUGACCCGCGCCUGCAACGUCUGCAGCCACCACUACUCACCCCAUGGCAUCAGCUACAUGCAGUGCCAGCACGGCGACAGCGACGAGCGGGGACCCGCUCUCAUCUGCAACGAGGGCAUGCGGCACCAGGUCGCCUGCCAGGGGAUGUAACUCACCCCUAGCCCCUCGUCCACCCCCACCCCCCAAUUUGGCUCCACGGGGCAAGCGACUGCCAGCCCGGAGCCGGUGGGCACGGCCGGGAUCCGGCGCUCCGCGGCACCGGGCGGCGCUUGCCCGGACUCGCCGCGCAAAUUGAAGUCAGGAACCUCGCUCCCUCCUCCGCCCCAGCCAGCCCCGGCCCCAGCCAGGGCCGCUUGGGCUCCUCACUCUCUUUUGGUUAUGUUUCUCUUUUUUUGGCCCCAUUUUUUUGUAUGUUUCCCCCACACACACCCCCAGCCCCCGCCCGGCUCCCGGCCCCGCCGGCUGCCCUCGCCAGCAGCCGUAUUUAUUUCUCCCCC